AUGCAGGACGUCCACGUUGCGAUGUUUUUUCUGCUGACAUUUUCCUCUCCUCUUCUCUUCGCCAGCCCGGGGGCCCCACCAGAGAGAGACCCCUUCACGUAUGAUUACGAGUCUCUGAAGAUCGCGGGCCUCAUCGUUGCGGGGGUUCUCUGCGCUAUGGGGAUCAUCAUAUUGAUAAGUGGAAAAUGUCGCUGUAAAUUCAACCAGAAGAAGGAGCACCGCAGCCGCUCCCAGGACCCGGCACUUAUCACCCCAGGGAGCGCCAGUCACUGCUGAGCCGCCACCUCGGACUCGGACGCCAUUUGUUUUCUUCUCAGAGGAAUCUCCAGUCGUAAC